AUGGUGCAAGUAAGAAGCAUCGACAGAGGCGAGACGAGAAACGAAGGACGAAAGGAGCGAGAGGUCUGGAGGCCGGCGGGAAACAACGAGCUUGGAAGCAAGGACGAGGGAAAAGAAAAGGAAGAGGACAACGAACGACAAAACGGGAGGAGCACCGAGCACACCGGUAUCAGCAGAAGCAGCAACAGCAACAGCGGCGGCGGCACCAGCAGCAGCAGCAGCAGCGGCAGCGGCAACACCAGCAACGACGACAACGAUGAGGAGGAGGACGACGAUGACGACGACGACGACGACGACGUCGUCGGCAGCCCACUUUUUCCUCAAAAGGGGAACGGCUUUGGAAAGAGGAGCGAGGGGGGGGGUGUGGUGGUGGAAGGAGUGUGA